GGGACUGUAGAGGCGCCUGGAAGGGAAGUUGUUCAGUCAACUCAGAAUAUGGGUAGCAACCCGGAAAGGGGAGUCACCGUCUUGGUCUAGAGACUGAUCCCUGCAGACACAGAUCCCUUCCCCUCUCUGCCAAAGACCCCAGCCCCAGAAGUCACUCCAUCUCCUACUGCUCGCAAUUUCCAGAGGCCCCCUCGCACCUUCCAGCCUGAUGUCCUGCGUCAAGUUGUGGCCUAGUGGUGCCGCCGCCUCCUUGGUGUCCAUCGAGGAACUGGAAAACCAGGAGUUCAUCGGCAAAGGCGGGUUCGGCACAGUGUUCCGGGCGCGACAUAGGAAGUGGGGCUACGAUGUGGCGGUCAAGAUCGUAAACUCGUACGACUCCAGCUCUCUCCUGGAGUGUAGGAAGGAGAUAUCCAGGGAGGUUAAAGCCAUGGCAAGUCUGGAUAACGAAUUCGUGCUGCGCCUAGAAGGGGUCAUCGAGAAAGUGAACUGGGACCACGUGCCCAAGCCGGCUCUGGUGACUAAAUUCAUGGAGAAUGGCUCCCUGUCCCGGCUGCUGCAGCCCCAGUGCCCUAGGCCCUGGCCGCUCCUUUGCCGCCUGCUGAAAGAAGUGGUGCUUGGGAUGUUUUACCUGCACCACCGGAACCCGGUGCUCCUGCACCGGGACCUCAAGCCAUCCAAUGUCCUGCUGGACCCAGAGCUGCACGUCAAGCUGGCAGAUUUUGGCCUGUCCACAUUUCAGGGAGGCUCACAGUCAGGGACAGCGUCCAGGGAGCCAGGGGGCACCCUGGGCUACUUGGCCCCAGAACUGUUUGUUAAUGUAAACCGGAAGGCCUCCACAGCCAGUGAUGUCUACAGCUUCGGGAUCCUAAUGUGGGCAGUGCUUGCUGGAAGAGAAGCUGAGUUGCCAACGGAAGCAUCACUGGUGUAUGGAGCAGUGUGCAAGAGGCAGACCCGGCCCUCAUUGACUGAGCUGCCCCAAGCCGGGCCUGAGACUCCCGGCUUAGAAGGACUGAAGGAGCUAAUGCAGCUCUGCUGGAGCAGUGAGCCCACGGACAGACCCUCCUUCCAGGAAUGCCUACCAAAAACUGAUGAAGCCUUCCAGAUGGUGGAGAACAAUAUAAAUGCUGCCGUCUCCACAGUAAAGAAUUUCCUGUCUGAGCUCAGGAGCAGCAAUCCGAGAUUUUCUACCCCAGAGUCAGGCCAAGGAGGGACAGAAAUGGAUGGCUUUAGGAGAACCACAGGAAACCAACACUCUCGUAAUGAUGUCAUGGUUUCUGAGCUGCUAAACAAACUGAAUCUAGAGGGGUCUCCCAGCUCUGUUCCUGAAAAAUACCCGAGCCUUACCAAGAGGAGCAGGGCACAAGAGGAGCAGGUUCUGCAAGCCAGGACAGCAGGGACAUCUUCAGAUUCAAUGGCCCAACCUCCCCAGACUCCAGAGACCUCAACUUUCAGAAACCAGAUGCCCAGCCCCACAUCAACUGGAACACCAAGUCCUGGACCCCAGGGGAAUCAGGGGACUGAGAGACAUGGCAUGAACUGGUCCUCCAGUACCCCGGAGCCAAGUCCAGUAACAGGGCAACCAUUCAUUAACUUACACAACUGUUCUGGGGUGCAAGUUGGAGACAACAACUGCUUGAUUAUGCAACAGACAACGGCCUUGCCCACAGGGGGCCUGGCACCUUCGGGCAUGGGGAGGGGCUGGCAGCACCCCCCACCAACAGGUUCGCAAGAAGGUCCUAAAGAACCUGAAGCCUGGAGCGGGCCACAGGGUUGGUAUAAUCAUAAAGGAAAAUAAAGCACCUUCAGAGCUUGCCUCCAAGAGUUACUAGUUAAGGAAGAGCGCCACCCCUUGAGGCCCCUGACUUCCUUCUAGGGCAGUCUGGCCUGCCCACAAACUGACUUUGUGAUUUGUCCCCCAGGAGUCAAUAAACAUGAUGGAAUGCUA